AAAUAAAUGAAGUGCUCAUGUUUCAUGAGUGGGAAAAUAAAUGAAGUUUCAGUGUAGCAUUUUACUUUGUUUCAGCGCGCCAUAUUAAUUUUCGGCGGCGGCGGCGGCGGCGGAUUCGCCGAAAAUUUUCUCUUUCGGCGGCGGCGGAAUCGGCGGAUGAUAAUUUGUCGGCAGCGGCGGCGUAACACGGCGGCGCAAGGGUCUACUUUGAGCCAUAUAUGCACCAAACCAAACCAAGCACCCAUAGUUAGAAAUAAAAGUAAGAAGUUGUGAUUCUCUGGCUAUAUCAUGUUCAGCAAUUUAUCAUCAGAAGAAUGCCAUAUAAUCAAAGAAGAAGAGGAAGAAGAAUCGUCAGAAGAAACCUCGACGACAGAACGCAUAGAACAUACUGGCGACAAAAUGCAAGUGCACAAACUUGAGAGUAAUAAUAUUAAUAUCCUGAAGUUCUGUCCAUUAUUUAAUUUGCUGUCCAAGGAGUUUGUUUCAAAAUUAUAUAUGGUUCAGAUAUGUGGUGAAACUUUGGAUGGAAUUUUGCUCAUGACAACAGAUCUAAUGAUGUAUGGAUUAGGUAAUAAUCGCGGUGGUCAGUUAGGAAUAGGGCAUAUGAGUGUAACACUACAGCCUGUACUAAUUGGAAUUUUAAGUGGAAAGAAAAUUAAAAAGUUGAUUUAUUUGAACACUCCUGCUGUUUUUGCCCUUACUGAAGAAGGACAGGUAUAUUCAUGGGGAAACAAUGAUUGCAACAUCUUAGGUCUUGCAAUUAAUUCUUUUGAUAAACAAACAUAUUCCAAAUUUGUACUUGUACCCAGUCUUAUAACUAGUUUAAGAAAGGAGCGCAUUGUAGAUAUUGCAGCCUGUGAAUAUCAUGCUGUUGGACUUGCUGAAAGUGGAAAAGUAUAUAUGUGGGGAAAGUUAUGCUACUAUGAACAUCAAACAGAGAACUAUUCUAAGUUUGGAACUUUAGACUAUAACUAUCAGACAGAGAACUAUUCAAAUUUUGGAACUUUAGACUAUAUAAAUGUAGAAGUACCACUGGUAGUUUGGCCUGACACGUCUAAACAGAUCAAGUAUAUCUGUUGUGGCAACGAGUUUACUAUUGCUGUGACAGAGGAAGGUGUAUAUGGUGUGGGUAAAAAUUCUGAAUAUCAGCUAGGAGUAAAUGGCGCUUCGUUCUUGGUUGACACCUCAUUAAGAUUUAAACUAAUCUUUCCCAAUGACAAAAUAAUUAAAGUAGCAUGUGGUUCGAGUCACGUAAUGGCACUCGAUGACGAAGGACAUCUAUAUGUUUGGGGUAGUAAUGAAUAUGGACAAUUAGGAAAAGACAAGUCUACAGCUAAGUCACUACGUAAAAUGUUAAAUGAGCCUGAAAUGGGAAAGAUAAUAAAUAUUGCUGCUCUGUCACACAAAAACAUAAGCGUCGCUCUCAACGAUAAAGGACGUGUUUAUGUAUGGGGUUUUUAUCUCUCUCAAGUUUUGGAUGCUCCGAUGGAAAUAAACGUUUCUGAUAUGUACAAAGUUUUUGGAUGUAACUUGCCGUAUAUUAUCUGCGCAUCACCAUUGAAGCACUCAGAUAAUUUUGAAGACACAGAUAAAAUGUCGGAGAUCUUUCAAAACAUAGAAACUAUGUUUGAUGAUUAUGUACGUAUUUCAUUCUUUGUCUUAUAUUUGUAUAGUCUAGCAGUCGCCAAGACUAUCGAUAUGUAUUGUAAAACACACUGAAAGAUUAUAAUGUUGAAACUAGAAAAAAAUUGUG